AAAAAAAAAAAAAAAAAAGGUGAAGACGAAGAAAAGGGAGGAGAAGGAGAAGGAGAAGAAGAUGGAGACAGAAGACGAAGACGAAGACGAGGAGGAGAAGAAGAAGAGAGCAGACGAAGAAUACCUCAGCUUUUUCAAUUGAUCUGAACAGGGUAGAAAUGUUGAUGCCUUGAUUUUGUAUUGACAAGCUGUGCCCUCUGUGUCUCAGAUCCAAUUAUGAUUAUCCUUUGCCCUGUAGGUAUUCUGGAGCCGCAUCCUGGAGCUAUCGACAGCAGCCCAAGCAAGUCACACCUAGAAAUGGAGCCCCCUCCUGCUUGCCUCAGUUUACUCUUUCCGGAUCUUGUUUCUUUGCCUGAUGAGGAAGGAGAGUUUUAUCAUACCAGAAGAGGCAUCAAUGAGUAUUUACUGACUGAUCAGGCUUAUGAGGGAGAAAAACUGCUUAAUUAUGUUGGUACCAGCAGCUGGCUGGGACCGUACGAGUCAUUCUUUGAUGGUUGUUGGGGAGAGAAUCAAUUCUUUCAUGGCUACGGUAUUGAUGCUUUCGGCAAUUCAUGUGGCACUGGGUUUGAGAAGGUAGAAGAUCCUUACCUAGUUCAAGAACAUCACGGUGGUUAUGACAGUUAUGACAAUGAAAUGCUGCAGACUGGUUAUGAUUAUAAUCCUUGGUCUUGGGUCGAGGAAGAUGGUCAUGACUAUGGCGCAGCAAGGGCCGAGACCACAUAUAGCUACAACUGGGAUGAGAUGAAGCUCUGUGAAAGCAUCUUUGGUCACUGGCCUUGCUUGUUGAAGAGGACAACCCAAACCUAUGGAACAACUAAGAUUAAAAACCUUGAUGAGAAUAUUGGUGCCUUGAGAGUGAAGCUCAUAGAAGAUGAUUUAAAAGAGAUAUCUGAUGCAAUGCCCAUCCUCGAGAUCGCGAGGCCUAGAAUAUAUGAAACUUGUUGUGGCGUUGUUCGAUUCCAUCAAAGCUUGGCAGUAAUGGAAGAGAGGGCUUUUGUUUGUGGCGGUGGCAAUGACCGUGACGGUCUUAUUGGUAGUGGUGAUGGUGGUGGUGGAUUUUGGGCCAAUAUUUUCUUUGUCUACAAAAAUGUCAAGUUUUAA